AAAAGAAAGUUGUCAAUGGAAACUUUCCGCAAAAAUUAACGUCUGCUGUAUAUGCCGAUGUGAAGAAUGGAUUCGACAGAUUCGAGUUAUGCAUUGAUAUAAAAGAUAUACGCUACACGUAUUUUAUGGCAACUGUGGAUACGUGAAAUCGAUGAAAGUAUGAAUGGGAACCGGACGGAGGGUCGGUCACCACGACCGCUCUGUGGUCCCUCGAAGGGGAGGAGCGCAGCUGGAGCGGUCGGAGCAUCGUACCUCUUUUGACAACCGUAGCAGACUUACUUUUUUUAAAGUGUGGUGAACACGGGCUAUUUAUUUAGCUAUAUGAACGCAGCCCGUCGAGCAACUUCGAUUAUAUCACCGGUGUCUGAUGCUGUGAAUCCGUCAUGAAUCGAGCUAAUUCUAGAAGCUAACUUUAGCCGACUGGAUAGCUACCUCAGCUAGCGUGCUAGCUGGAUUAGCUACAGACACAUGUUGCGUUACAUUUCCGUCCUAUUCGCCUCCACGCAGACAUACACGUCACAAUGGCACGCAGGGAAGAAGUGUUUCAAUCAAAAGUCUUCCAAAAGCUGUACCCUGCGCCUCCCAAACGGGAGAAGGAACUGAGCCCACCAGGCACAGUAGAUGCUCUUUCCAGAAAAACCCACGUGAAAGGAAAAGCCUCUCAACGGGAGACGGCCACUGGAGAUGCAGGAAGGAAGCCGAUCGCUGCCAAUCCAGGCAGGCGGAUGUACACAGUCCUGCCUCCCCCCACUGACCACAAGACAGAUUCAGAGAAAUCCGUCACACUCCCCCAGUUAGAAAGCGUAAAUAGUGCAGACGACCCAGCUGACAGGAUAACAGACCGUGAUAGCGAUGAGGAACCAGUCCAAGAUAAAGAGGAGGAAGAAGAACCGAAAAGAAGAAGGAAGAGAAGGAAAAGGAAACCGGACCGACACCAGGACUCCGGCAAGGACGGAGCAGCCGGCGUGAGUGAGUCCGGCCCGGGUCGGAGUCGGGCCCCCGAGGACGAGGGCGGGGAGAACAUGAGCAGGAACAAGAAGAGGAAGCUGAAGAAGAAACGGCACAAAGAGAAGCUGCUCGCCAUGGGUCUGAUGCCGCGGGCCGCUGCACUGGAGUUCACCUACCGGAAGGCUGAGGAGGAGGAGGAGGAGGAAGAUAACGAGACGAGAGCCGCUGAGGUGUCAGACUUCCUGAGGACAACAAUGGAAACCUAUAUGUCAGAUCCCUCUUUGCGCUCGGACCAGCGCCCCCUCCUGUGCGGGACCGUGAACAACCUUUUGAGCCGCGUGGCCGGCGGAUGCUGCCCCCCCUCCGCCCUCCAGCAGCUCUACGCCCUCAAGGCCCUGGUUCAGCGGCGACAGCCGCACAACCUGGAAAAGGCCCUGGUGGAGCUCCUCGGCACCUCUCCUCUGCCCUCAGGAGAAACGGCCGCGGUGGUUUCCCUGUUCCGAUACUGGAUCGCACACGUUCUCCCCAUGCAGGGAGACGAGGAGGCUUCCUCGGAAGCGCCCGCCAGCUGGGGGACCCUCGCGGACCGCUCCAGAGAUGUUCUUCAGAGUGCCGAGACUGACUCCGGGAUACAUCCGGCUGCUGCAGACGCAGGCCUACCACCAUGUGUCUGUGACCCCCCCAGCUGAGAGGAGCAUGCCGGGCCUGGCUAUGCUCCUGGGGGCCGUGGGGAUCGGCCUGUGCGGCUACAGCUCCAGGCAGCUGGCCCUUUACCACCGGCCCUCCGCCCGCGUGCUGCAGUGGGUCGGCACGCACACCGACGCCACCAGCGCGGCGGCGGCCCACCGGAGCCCCGCCCUGGAGGUCCAUCGCCGCGUCGGCGCCUGCCAGGAGAUCCCGCCGGCCUCCUUCGUGGGCCAGAGAGUUCGAGUGAAAUAAGAACCUUACGGUGGUAGAUCGGAUAGAGACCGGCAGACGGCUCAGGUCGAGCUCCGGUAACGACGCUCGUGCACCACUAAGAUUGUAGCUAUGCCGGCCCCCCCCGCGCGCGGCCCAUGUGCUCUCUGAGGCUGCGCGACUGUUGCUAUUUGACCUCGAAACCUUUGCCUUUGCAGGGUGUCACGUGUGGUUAUAGUAAUAAUGAAGUCCGUGCAAGACACAGGAAAAAUAGUUUAAAGAAAACUAUUGGAUGGUGACAAUCACUCACUAACGUUAGAGCCUUUAGUGCAGCGAGACGGCGCGAUGUGAGCGCUUUGAACACCGGAUGCUGCGGCUGAAAGGAGCUAACAUGUUUAAUUUGGAGACAUUGUGUGUCUUGAUGAUGGCUGGCAUAAAAAAGAAAGGGACUGACGCUUGGCAGUGCCCCUCCGUACACAGAUGGUUGGUGACGCUCUCUCUCACUCAGCCGACGUCCCUCCCCAGCUACGUGCUUCUAUUGAUUUCCUCAGAGGAGAAGCAGGUGCCAUCCAUCAACAAGCCGUUGGCAUUUGCUGGCAUGGCCCGGCAACGGCUGUCAAUCAAGAGACGGGUGGGGCGGGAGGAUUCGACAUGAUAACCUGAGUCAAGUUAACGACCCAAACACUGGACUACGAGCCCUCGUUUCCCUCGCCGAGAGCCCGAAUCGAGAUUCCUCCCGGAUUAACCUUCGUCCUCGCGUCGCACAAUCUGCUUCGCCUAAUCUGGUAUUAGAGCCAAAGACCUGCGAGGGGCAGACAGUCACUGUGCGUCCCGACUUUGUACCAUUCCCCCUGCGGUGUCCACCAUUCAGCCCAGCUGCCAUACGUGGAAUAACUCACGAUGGAAUAGGUGUUUCCAUUUGGGUUUAGCACCAAAGUUGUAGCAGCGAAAAAGGCACUUGAGGUUUGGCGAGACGCCGAGCGUGGUUGAGAAUGCGUGCCGUGCCUUAUGGAACGCACAGGGCCACACUGUCUGUAUGUGGACAGCAGCAGUGGCGGCCAUUAAAGGGGACAGGAGGACAAAAGGGUCUCAAAUUGUGAAAAGGGGAGCAGGGGUGAGGAGGAUCUUUUUCGGGCCCCGAGUAGUGGCCCUGCAGGAGGCGAGCUCACCAGGUCACACACACACACACUCGCGGUUCUAAUCCACUCCGCUAAAGCAGAUGAGACACUGAACUUAACGACAGGUCAACUUGAUCUGGACAGAGGGCGACACCCGCGAACCCACCUCACAACAACACAAAUGAAAACUAAUUUAAAUAAAAUUUGUAACCCAUCAGAAAAGAUUUAGAACGCCAUGUCCUGAAAUCCGGGUCUGAUGGUUCCCGUCACGCUGGCGAGAAGCUGCCUUUCGUAGUCAUUUUCAGGCACGGUGCGAAAUGACCGUGGGCGGGGGGCGGAGGUUGUGCAAUGCACCUUGCUGCUUUUGAUGGAUGGUCCCUCUUUUAGCAGCGGUGGUCAGCAUUAUACUGUUUUAUGGGGGGGGGGGGGGGCAAGACUGCCAAGACGGUACACUGACAAAACAAAGGGAUGAUCUGAGAACGCGUUUGCUGUUGCAAUGAAAGACCGACGUGUGGGGACGUGUGUUAAACCUGUUAGCUUGUUGUGUGGGUGUCGCACAUCAGCGCUCAUUCAUUUUAAUAAAGUCGACUUCAGCUGUGCCCAUUAACGCAGAGUAUUUUUCUGUUAGCGAUAUAAUGAAUAUUUAAUGAAAAGAUGUUGGAGGAGAUUUACGAAAAUAAAAGCAUUUGGCAAACCCGC